AUUUGCCAACUUCACGCAGCUGCGGCUUUGUCAAGAGAGCGAAUAUAUUUAGCAAGAAAUGUCGAUUUGUGCUUUUAAGGUUCAGGUGGCCUCCAUUAUGGAGGUCUUAGCGAAAACGGCAGUAGCAGAAAUUACUGAACUAAUCGAUUAUGGGUCUGCUGUCUUGAAACGGGAGACGUGCAGAAGCGAAAGAGAGAACGAAGCGCUAAAAACGAAGUUACUGCUGGUGGAGGGAGAGCUCAGGGAUGUGCGAGGAAACGAAGAGGGGACGCCGGGCAUUUCUCUAAACCUGUCAUUUCAAGUUCAGCUUUGCGACGAAUUCAGAGAAGCACAAAGACCUAAUGUUCCAGGGAACGGAAGGAUUUCCUCUGCAGAGAUGGUCUUGAGCGAGCGAUUGCGCACGCAUCCCGCCAGAGAUGACCAGAACGUCCAUGUGGAGAAGAUCGAGGAUAGGCCUGUUGCCUUGGAUAUAAAGCGCGAGCCUGUAGAUGGGGAGCAGGAUUGGUCUGAAUCUCUGCCGCUCAGUGAGGAUAGGCUGGAAGAGGAUCCGACGAGCAGCCAAUCACAGGCGGAACAGAAAAUCAGCACUUCAGGGGCAGCUGCUGCUAAUGGUGGUGAAGGACCCCUCUGCAAGGAGGAGGAGCAGCACAUGCCGCUCUGCUCUGCUGGAGACCCAGAAAAGGAGCUGCAGGCAGAACUCAAACAGGAGCCAGAGGAACAGCCUCUCACCCCCACACUCCCCCUGUCUGUGGACUUGGGGCUGAAGCUCCAGGCUGUGUGGAGUGAGGCCACCAGUUCAGGAACGAUUCCAGAAAAACAGAGACGUCGCAGAAGAUGUUCGACGCUUAGAGACGCCCAGUUAGAUGACACCACCUCUCCACGGCGCUACAGAGCUUCUCGGAGGCUGCGCUCAGAGAAGGACGAGGGGUCAGCAUCAUACCUCGAGCAGAAACAAAAUGGCCGCCCCCUCUACAAAGAGUGUUCGAAUGGGCCGCCUGAUGAUUUUUCACAAGAGAUGUCAUUCCUUUUGGGUUCUCCAGGAGAGUGUGAUGGAAGCGCCCCGUGUGAGGCGAGUUCUGACACGUCAACAGGAACAGAGUCCCUGCAGAACUGAGGGACAGGAGGAGGAGUUCGUCUGCACACGCUGUGGGAAGUCGUUCCCGGACGUUCUCGAACUGAAGACACACGAGCAGGUUCACAGCAGGAAGAAAGCGUUCAGCUGCUCUGUGUGCGACAAGAGCUUCCCCCAGUCACACAUCCUCAAAGCGCACGAAAGCACUCACACAGGGCAGAAACCGUACGCUUGUGUGGAGUGUGGAAAGUGCUUCUCCCUGAAGAGCCAUCUUAAGACUCACCAGGUUACUCACACCGGAGAGAAACUCUUCAGCUGCACAGUGUGCGAUAAGAGCUUUGCCCAACUUGGUGUUCUUAAGCAACAUCUGAGAAUCCACACUGGGGAGAAACCCUAAUCUUGGCCUGCGAUCUAACUUGUCUUUCCACACUAAAAUAUGUAAAUAAUUAUGAAUAUGUAAUUAUGAAACCACUGGAUUCAUAUUAGUUAGUCCUCGCUUCCCCCACAAUAUAUUUGUGAUAAGGAGUUUAAACAAUAUGAGUUUGUAGACAGAUGCAGAAAUGUUACGCAAGGCAUGUCAAAAGAGGUUAUCUAUCCCUAGUUCUAUGACCCAUUAUGUAACACACAACAUAAGAUGUUUGAGAAGUCUUGAAUUUCUCACCUGUACUAUUUGGUUUUUUAGUGAUUAUGCAUGUGUGUCAUAAUUAUUUUCAAAUGGGCCAAUCAGUAAAAAGGUCAAUAAAAAUGACCCCUGACCCCAGCACACUUUGGAUCAAUCAGAGAGUUGGCCCUCUAAAGGUUUAUUCCACGCCUGCCAAUAAGAUUACUUAUUUUGUAGAGAAUGUUACCC